AUGUUAAUGGGUCAAGGAUGCACUCAUAUGAAUAGUGGUAUGCAAGAAGAAGAAUUUUCUAUUCCUUUAUGGGAAUAUAAUAAAGAAAGACAAAGAUGGUUACAAAAACAACCUGAUCAAAAUAAUCAGACUAUUUAUUGGGAGAAAUUUCGUGUUAUUACAUAUAAUAUUUGGUUUUCGGAAAACUAUCAACCGAUACGUUUUAACAGUCUUUGUGAUAUAUUAAACAAAUCUCAAGCUCAAAUAAUUGGUUUACAAGAAAUGACAACAAAUAUUCUUCAACAACUUUUAUUACAAGAAUUUGUUCAAGAACGAUAUUAUUUAUCUGAUGUUGAUGGUCGUACAUUUACUGGUUGGUAUGGUGUUUUAUUAUUAAUUGAUAGUCGUUUUUAUGUAUCCAAAUUAAGUUUAAUUAAUUUUCCUCAAUCAAAGAUGGGUCGUCGUUUAUUACUUGCAGAAAUAAAAUUAGAUGAAAACGAAAUCAUUCGUAUUGGUACUGUCCACUUAGAAUCUUUAGAUAAUAAACAAGAGCGUUUAUCUCAAUUAGAUAUAUGUAGAAAAGUAUUGAAUCGUUCUCCAGCUACUUGCAUUUUAAUGGGAGAUUUUAAUUUUCAUGCAUGUGGUCAAGAAAAUAUAGAUCAAAUUAACAGAUUACCACAAUGGAUUGAUGUUUGGAUUUAUCUAAUGGGUUAUGAUAAUCAUGGAUAUACAUUUGAUACAGAAAUGAAUUCAAUGACUAAAAUUCAUAAUGGAUCAUCAGAUCGAUCAAGAUUGGAUAGAAUUAUUUUAUUGAGUCAAACAAUCAUUCCUACUCAAAUUCAAAUAUUAGGAAAUCAACCUAUUGCACAUCAUGGACAAUUUUAUUUAUUUCCAUCAGAUCAUUUUGGUUUAACAGCUCUUUUUCAAAAGAAAAAAUAA